AUGGCUUUCCGAGUAGCCUCAGGGCUCAUCGAGCAUCACUUGAGCAACUCUCAACGACUCAGCCAAGCCAUCAAUGUUGCCACCGGUCGGUUGUCACAACGAGCUUGUGGCCUCCAUACCACCAAACUCAGCUAUCAGUAUGUUAAAACCUCCGUCAAGGACGAUGUCAUGGUCUUCAAGAUCGAUUGUCCUGAUAGUAAAGUCAAUGUCCUCAACAAGGGCCUUAUGGAGGAGGUCCUCGAACAUAUGAACAAGUUCCCUUCGUCCAGUGCUAAGGCCGCUGUCAUCAUGAGUGCCAAAACUUCAUCAUUUGUGGCUGGUGCUGACAUCAACAUGAUAGCCGACUGUAAGAGUGUAGCUGAGACUGAGGCACUGGCGAAAAACGGUCAAGACAUUUUCAAUCAGAUCGAGAACAGCUCAAAACCAUUUGUUGCAGCUGUCAUGGGCGAUUGUCUCGGCGGAGGCUGCGAAUUGGCCCUGGCCUGCCACUACAGGAUCGCUGUAGACUCUCCCAAGACUGGAUUUGCCUUACCAGAGGUCAUGCUUGGUCUUUUGCCAGGCGCUGGUGGCACCCAAAGACUGCCCAAACUGAUCGACAUCCCGACAGCUCUGACCAUGAUCCUAACAGCUAAGAAACUCCGUGCAAGCCAGGCGAAGAGGGCCGGCCUAGUCGACAUGCUGGUGAAGCCGGUAGGCCCGGAUCCAGAUGGAAGAACCCUGUUCAAACUUGAAGAGGUCGCUGUCAUGCGUGCUGGGCAGAUCGCCGACAAGAAAUUCAAGAUUGUCCGCAAUAGGCCAUUCGUUGAGAAUCUGACUCGAGCCGCGAUCACCAACAUCGGUCCAGCGCGAGACUUCGUAUUCAACAAGGCUAAGGCUCAAGUGAUGAAGAUGACCAACGGUCUCUACCCAUCGCCACUGCGAAUUCUCGAGGUGGUCAAGGGUGGCAUCGAGAAACCUGCCCAGGGUUAUGAGAUGGAACGCAAGGCUUUUGCCGAGCUAGCCCACACAACGCAUUCCAAAGCACUGAUCGGCCUUUACCAUGGCCAGACUCUUUGCAAGAAGAAUAGGUUUGGCAAGCCCGAAAAGCCGGCCCAAACCAUCGCAGUCUUGGGAGCCGGUCUCAUGGGUGCUGGUAUUUGUCAAGUCUCAAUCCAAAAGGGACUCGACACCGUUAUGAAAGACAUCAACAAUCCGGGUUUGGCCAGAGGUUUUGAUCAGAUCGAGGGCAAUCUGCAGAAGAGAGUUAAGCGAAGAGCCAUGACACAGUACGAGAAGGAGGUCACUAUGUCAAGAUUGAUGCCCCAGACUGACUACCGGGGUUUCAAGAAUGUGGACCUAGUGAUUGAGGCCGUAUUCGAGGACCUGGGCAUCAAGCACAAGGUCGUGCAGGAAGUCGAGAAGGAGAUCAGAGACGACUGUAUCUUUGCCUCCAACACUUCGGCCCUCCCAAUCACACAAAUCGCUCAAGCCAGCAAGAGUCCUGAGAACUUUAUCGGUAUGCACUACUUUUCGCCCGUUGAGAAAAUGCAAUUACUAGAGAUCAUUACGACUGAUAAGACAUCAAAGCGGGCUUGUCAAGUGGCGGUGCAAGCCGGUUUGCAACAGGGCAAGGUCGUCAUCACUGUCAAGGAUGGGCCAGGCUUCUACACCACUCGCAUCCUCUCACCAGUUCUGUCUGAGGCCAUCCUCCUACUCCAAGAGGGCAUCUCGCCUAAAGAGCUCGACUCUAUCACAAAAGCCUAUGGUUUUCCCGUCGGAGCCGCCACGCUCGUUGAUGAAGUCGGUGUCGAUGUAGCCAUGCACGUUUCCAAAGACCUGGGUCAGGUCUUCUCGAAGCGUUUCGCAGGCAUGAACCCGGCUGUGUUCGAAGAGAUGGUCGCCUCUGGGUUCAAGGGUCGAAAAUCGGGCAAAGGAUUUUUCAUCUAUGAGAAUGCUAAGUCGAAAGAGAGGGCCCUGAACGAGGAUGUCACAAGCAUACUUAAGAAGUACAGCACCCAGCCUAAACUCGCUUGCACAAUGGAAGACCAUCAGAUGCGAAUGGGAACCCGGUUUGUGAACGAGGCCGUCCUGUGUUUGCAAGAAGGGAUUUUGGACAACCCACUUGAAGGUGAUAUCGGUGCGGUCUUUGGUUUGGGUUUCCCACCAUUCCUGGGUGGACCAUUUAGGUAUGUUGACACAUUCGGAGCCGACAGAAUCGUGGGCUUUAUGGAGAAGUAUAGGAAAUUCUACGGCGAUCAAUUUGAACCAUGCCAGUUGUUGCUCGAGCACGCUCGGGAUAGGUCUAAGAAAUUUCACACUAAGUGA